GAAACGUGCUGCACGAAUGAAGCUGCCUCGCCGUGUUUUCACUGCUGCAGUGUCUCAUUAAAAUCUCGUCCUCCUAUAAGUCCACUUGUUGUUCCAGAGAAGCAGGAGGACUACUUCCUGCUGUGUGACGUCCUUCCUGAGGACAGGAUCCUGCGAGAGAAGCUGCAGCAGAAACGACUGGAGGAGGUGCUGGAGCAGCAGCAGCAGGAGAGAGACGACUGCAGCUUCCACCGGCUCUGCAUGUUCUGCAGUGACGAGUUCACCGGAAACAGGUCGUCUCUGCUGAACCACAUGGCCAGAGAACAUUCCUUCAGCAUCGGCCUGCCGGACAACAUCGUCUACUGCAACCAGUUUCUGGACACCCUGCAGAGCAAGUUGGACAAUCUGCAGUGUUUGUACUGUGAGAAAACCUUCAGGGACAAAACCACGCUGAAGGAUCACAUGAGGAAGAAAACUCACCGCCGCAUCAACGCCAACAACCGCGAAUACGACCGCUUCUACGUCAUCAACUACCUGGUAAAACCUCAAAACUACAAAACCUACAACCCUAGAAAUGUCCUCAAAUCCGAGAAAAAUCCGAAUAUAAGAGAAAUUUCCCUAAAAAAAACCCUAAAGGAUGUCCUAAAAUCCUAACAUCAAAAAUCCUGGAAAGUUGUUAAAAUUCGAA